AAUGCUCGCGGUAACAAUAAAAAGCCUUUCGUUCGUACAGCUGCAUCAACGCUGAAUGAUAUUAAGGAACACUGUUUCAACAAGAAGCCUAAAGUCGUAUAUGAUGACUCGUUUGAAAAGAGCGGAGGCCUAUUAGGUAGCACUUCAACAUCAUGUGAACCACGAAAUCCUAGGCAAGUCUACAAUGCUAUAGCAUCAUUCGUUAAUAAGAAGAAAGACGAAGACAAAGAUGAGAUAUUUCAGUUGUUGAUGCAGUUGAAGGAAGAUAACGCUUCAGAAGGUGGUUUUAUACAAGAAGUAACUUUUGGUAAAACACCAGAAGUAAUAGUAGCAUUCGAGCAGCAAGUAACAGACAUUACCCGUUUUUGCACAAAUCAAACACGAUUUUCCAUCAUGAGCAUCGACCCAACAUUUAACCUUGGCAAAUUUUUUGUCACUCUAACCACAUACAAGCAUCCAAUGCUCUUACUAAAGGAGUCACAAGAAAGCCCAGUUUUCCUUGGACCCAGCUUUAUCCAUAUGCAGCAAACAACACAGAAUUAUUAUGGUUUCCUAUCUUACCUGAUCGGAAAGAAGCCAGUUCUACAGAAUCUAAAAGCCUAUGGAUCAGACGGCGAAAUAGCUCUCAUAAAUGCCUUACUCGCAGCAUUUCCAGAAGCAAUUGGUCUGAGAUGUUUUAUUCACAUAAGGAACAACUUAGAAGAAUCGCUUCAAAAGAAAUUCCUUGUCAAGCCAGAAGUUAAAUCCACAAUCAUCCACGACAUAUUCGGCCAGAAGCUUGGAGACACAAAGGUGAGGUUCGAGUACAAAUAUCAAAUAAGUCUUAAUAUUAUCUACCGCUGAAUUUUAAGGGACGGACCAUUCGUGAAAGGAGGUGGGGAAAAUACCUUUAAAAUUUG